ACUCUCUGAUGGGCGGGAGAAUUUGUUUUGUUUUUGUUUUGGGGCUCGACAGAAAUGUAUUUAAUGUAAAUGGAACCAAAUAAUUUGUGAAACGCCGCUACAUUUUUAUCAAUAGGAAAAUGGUCACGUUUUCUGUUUCUUGCUAAUGAAACGUUAACACUUAGUUGUUAAGAAUUUCCGAAAUUAAAAAGUGGCGGACUCUCCGGCUAAUGCUAGCUCAGUCACCAACCCCGAAUGAACACUUAGCUAGGUUAGCUUAGCUGGCUAACAGCUCGGCUGUUUUUUUUCUUUUCGCUUUUUCUCACGAAAUGGACCGCAAGAUGAUGAACUUGGGGAGAGCAAAGAAGCAACUUCGUUACUUCCAAACGGAGGAAAAGACUUCAUGUUCACUGAAGAUCAAAGAAGUCUUCUCGCUGAAUGACCUUGACAACAUUUUUGAUGAUUUAGAUUCUGGGUCUGACUCAGCAAUGCCUCAGCUCUCACUGUUGCCCAGGAGUGAUGAGAUUGUGGAACAGGGGAAAGAAGACAAUUCGCUAGAUCUCAAGAUAUCCUCUCCCUUUGGUGCAGAGGAGCCAGAGGUUUUGGCACCAGAAAAUCCAGUUCAGGAAGACCAUUUAAUUGGCAAAGAGAGCCCUUUUAAGGAGAUUGCUCCUAUUAGGACCUCCAGCCCUAUUGACCUGCUACCAGCUGGGAAUGGAGCAGAAGAUGCAGAAAGGCCAGAAACCUCUCCAAUACUCUUCGGUGUUGAGGAUGAAGAGCCAGUUAGGCGUGACUUGAGCAAACCUCUGACGAAUCAGAGAUCCCCACAGGAGUUUCUUCAAGAGGACAGUGAAUCACUCGUGUCUCCACCGGCACGGUUGGAGUUUGGAAAGCCGGCUACACAGGAUGUUGUUUCUGUAACAGGAUGUAUGCCUGUACAGUCUCCCGAUGCAACAUCCCGAGGGUGCCAAACCUCAGCACCAGAAGCAAAAGAAGAGUCACGAAAAGAUGGGAGCCCAAGUCUGUUGCCUCCUGUUUUGGCUCAGAACAGUCGUCCUGCACCUCUUCCAAAGGAGCAGCCUAAGAACCAGGUCCCAGAAGUGAAAUUAGACGUGGAGGUCAAGGAAUCAUCUUUCCAGCAGAAGCUAAGACAUGCUUUUAAGCCCAAAACCUUAUGGAAACAAGAAGCAUGGAAACCACAAACUCAUGCUCUUUCACCUCUUGAACUCGAGGAUGACUUUAUGAUACUGGAAGAUGAUGCUCCAAUUUUAUUUACCAUUCCAAGGAAGGCUAACAGUAGUCAGAAAGAAAAACAUGCACCAGAGGGUGUGUCUGCAAAGCCAGAUGAUAAGAAAACAGCAUCUCAGGCUGAAUCAGCUGCUCCAAAGCUGGGAGAUGAACCUGAUGCUGCAAAAACAAAGAAAUCGAAGGCCAAGCGUGGAAACACUUACAAUAAGGGUGAUAAAGACACCAUGACUCAAGCAACUGUAGAGGAGAGGAAUGACCCUUUAACUGAAGUGGAAGAAGUAGUGGAAGUUUGUGAGCCCUCUUCUGUUCCAGAGGCCAACCAAGAUGCUGAUUUACCUGAUACAGGUAAACAGAGAAGAAACAGCAAAACAUCUAUUAGGUUUGGCAAGAAAGAUGGAAAAAAUAAUAAUCAGGCCAAAAUCCCAGUUGAAAAGCCUGCAUCUAAAAGGAAGAAACCUGCCAAAGUAACUGGUGAUACCAAUAAUGGGCAAGAAGAACAUACAUCAAAUGAAAAAAAGAAACCCAACAAAGCAAAAUCUACUGUAAAAGGUUCAGCAAAAUCAGACCAGCAGAUUAAUGACAAUGCUACCUUGACAGAUAAACAAGUGCCUAAAGUACAAGAGCAGGUGGAUAAGCUCCACAAGACCACCGAACCACAUCUAGAGCCUACAGAGCAACCUGAUGUGCAAAUCACGGUUCCAGUUAAGAAAGCAGCCAAACAGCCUGCAACGAAGCAAGGUACUUCAAAAAGGGUCAAGAAGGUGCAGAAGACAAAAGAAGACGCAAAAGUAAAGGAGCUUCCUGUGCCUGAGUCUGAUAUUUCUGCAGAGGGGUCUGUGACUGGCAAGAGGAAGAGGAAACCACCUGGAGAAUGGUGGCUAACCUCUGACAUCCAAAAUGAAGGCAACACACAGGUGCAAGAGGUGGCAGGUCAGGAGUCUUUGCAAGAGCUAAAAUCCAAUAAGAAAAUGAAAAGAAAAGAAGCACCAGCAAUAUCAACACAGAGGACUGAGGAGCAGGAGAGCCAGAGUAUGCCAAUCAAACAUGUGACUGUUCAGAAAGUGGGGAAAAAAGUCAAGAAAUCUAAUUCUACAAGUGACCAGAGAAAUCCCAAGGUAGCAGGUGACACACAGAAAACAAAAUCCGCAGCUCCAACCCAACGUCAAAUUCAGUCGAAGACACCAGCUCCUUUGGUUGGAGAAGAGGCGGCAGUUCAUGAGGAUGUUGAACAAGUCAGCUCAAAGGCAUGUAGUCCCCCUAGACGGCAGACUCUUACUCCAGGAGAAAAAAGAGUGUUUGACAAGAUCUACACACGGGACGGUCAGUGUGGAUCUGCCCAGAAACAUCCUCCAUCUGCACUCCAUCGACCAGAGAGUCUUACAGUGAAACGGCAGAGAAAACCCCCCAGCAACUGGUGGGAGGUGCCUCAGUCUCAGGGAUCUGUUGAAAGCUCUCUGUCACCACCGAACUGUUCUCCAAAAGCACAGACGGCCCUUCCCCGUAGUGCAUUUGAUAAAGCAGCCAAUGUAGUCAGUUCACGAAAGACAAUGGUUCGUGCUCAGAAAAAGAAUAAAAUAAACAUGAUCCAUACACCAAAAUCUGCCAAAAGGUCUUUGGCUACAUUUGAAGCCAUAUUGGCCUCUGGAAAACCUGAGUCUUCGACAGUGAGGGGUUUUGAAAGCAGACAAAAGGGCCGCAGAAACUUGCUCCACUCUCUUGAAGAUCAGUCAGAGCAGUCAAGUGAGAACAUCCACAGUGAUCACCAGCAUGGAAGCAGCCAUGCUACCUUUGAUGUUUGUCCAAAUGGUGCUACCAUGGAUUCUUUUGCUGCCAGAAAGAAAGCUGAUGCUAGAUUAUCAGCUGGAUCCAACAGAGCUUCUAGUGGCAUUGGUUUCAAAAGUGGCCCUUCAUCAAUGAUUGAGCUUGAGCGAUUUGAAGAGACUGAGGAUUCUGUCUUGCCAUCAUCAAGGAUGGUCCCUUGCAUUCGUCACGUACCUCGCGUGUUGUCGGACUGCGAUCUGUGUGGCCCUCCACUGCGGCCCAUAGUCCUAGAAGCUGAAGACUGGGACAACCUCUGUGUUUGGUUUGCUCACUUAUGGCCUUCCUCUUCAAAAGAAGGCAAUGUGUUUAGCGUGAUUAGCCCAGACGAUUUCCACUGGCACUCUCAUGGUGGAAGAGCUAUGGGUCAUAUGGUUGACCUUCAGAACAACACAUUCUCAAAUGGCAAGAUUUUGUUGGGCUCAUAUAUGAAGAAACCUCCACAGGCAGAUCUUCAUGCAGUAACAGUAUUUAAUGUGUUGUCAAGUUGCGUGAGGGUGGAAAUUGACGGCGUCAAGACAGUCUACAACUCGGGGCAAACAUUUAUGACGCCUUGUGGGAAAUCUUACAGCAUUCACAACAUCUGCCGUGAACCUGCUGUACUGUGGUACCACAGGAUGUUAACAAAUGAUACAUGAAACUGGCGGAACAAACAAGUGGAUGGGAGGCACUGAUUAUGCCCUUUGGUACAUGUGUUUAUAGAUAAUUAAAAAAAGAAAAAAAAAUGAACUGAUACUGAUGUUCUGUCAUCAGCAUGUAGAUAUACUUCUGUUUUUAAAGACAUACGGACAUAGUAGUGCCUAAAAAGGACUGCCAUUGCCUUUGGAAAAUUUUGCUUGUAGUUUUAUGUAAAUAGUAUUGUGGAAAAAUGUAAAAGACUGAAUCUCGUUGACUGUGUUUUUGGAAAAAAAAAAAUGCAAUUUUUAUAAGCUUGUUAUUUAAAGUAAUGUGUACUGUUGAGUCUUUGAUAUGUGACAGAUAUCAGCGUAAAAUUAGAUCCCAUGUCCCUUAUAAAUGUAUUUAAAAUAAACUACAAGUUGUCAGUAGGGGGCAUCAUAUCAUUGUGUAUACGUCUGCCUCUGUCCUUGCUUUAAAAAAAAAAGCCAGUGCUUAUCUGAAGAUGUAAGAUGCUGGAAGUUUGUCAGCCAGCCGUUCUGUCUUUAUACACAGCAGUGCACAAACCACAAUAAACUGACAGCAUCAU